AUGGCUGGCACUUAGACACUUGCUUACCUCGACAGCUUUCUCCAUCAAGUGCCCAGUACUUGGACCUAGAAUUAAGGCGCAUCAGCUUGCACAAACUCUAUGGACUUGCGACGCUCGACGAUGGUACAAUUUGGCCUUCAUUACUUCGGAAGCUGAGACCAGUCCUCAACCGGCACAGACCAGCGCAUUCAAUACCACAACGCCAUCUGUUCUUCUUUGAACACAUCCAGAAGUCUCCGAAAUAGCCAAUAAUGGCAGGUCACGACAUGUCUCUCAAUAUACGAGUAUCGCUUCUCGCCGCGCAGGUCCUGGAGUACUGGGGCGCCUAUCAGGCCAAGCUCGCGAAGAGGAAAGAGCACAAGCUGGCUGUAUUCGUGCCAUCGGUCCAGGGCAAUGUGGUAUCGCUGACAGAUUCGCAGAAACAGAAGCCGACACCGAAGCGUAAGGCUUCCCUCCCUUGGCAAGAAAAAGCUGCAGCUACUUGCUUGACACAAAAUCUCAAUGUCCUUUCGCAGAGUCAUGAAACUCCGCAGUGGUCUCCUGAUGAAACGCCUGACUGGGCUUUGGCUGGCGAAGACUCCCCGAGAUGCAGCUUUGACUCGCAUGUUUCGUUCGAGAUCGAGACGCCCGCCGACUAUGUUCACCUAAGCGAUUUGAUGGCAGCUCGACAGCUUGCCAGCAAUGACAGUGCAAGCGACAGCGGGAGCUCGGCAAGCCGCUUGUCAUGACAAUGUCGGAAAUCGUCGGGCGCUGCAGAUGUCCUUCUCUUUUCCGGAUACAAAGGCGAGCUGUCGUGAUGGCAUUGGGCACACUCGAAUUUGCAAGGUCGAAAUGGAGGUCACUACGCUAUGACUUGAAGGCUUUGGAGGUUGAUUUUUUUUCGCACUAUACCAAGCACUCUGAUACUCCUGUAACAGUUUAAUGCCAUAAAUACCAAGGCAGUCCAAGACUGCACAAGCC